CCGUAAAAAUACUUACGUACAACAACACAUGUUCUAAGUGCAGACGAUAUGUUUUUAUUUUGGCUCAAUGCACUUGGCAACUAAUAUUGAAUAAAUAAAGACGUAGAUUUCAGCAGCAUUUCAUUUUACUUCCUUUCAUAGUAAAUUUAAAUAAUAAAUUUGUUAUAAUCAUGAAGUGUCAUUAUGAAGUCCUGGGAAUCGAGCGAGAUGCUGAUGAAAAAGCAAUAAAAAAUGCAUACCGAAGAUUAGCACUUAAAUUUCAUCCUGACAAGAACUUAGAUAAUAUUGAUGCAGCAAAAGAGCAAUUUCUGCUGGUACAACAGGCGUACGACGUUUUAUCUGAUGGACACGAGCGUGCUUGGUAUGACAAUCACCGUGAGCAAAUCUUACGGGGAAGUCACACAGAUUAUGAAGAUGAAUCACUUGAUAUUUUUUCAUACUUUUCGGCUGCUUGUUAUAAAGGAUAUGGAAACGAUGAAAAUGGCUUUUAUAUAGUUUAUGCAAAAGUGUUUGAUCAGCUAGCUUCUGAGGACAUUGAAUUCAUGAACUCACCAAAUGAAUACGAAAAAAUUCCUAAAUUCGGUACAUCAACUUGUGAUUAUGAGACUGUUGUUGGGCCAUUUUAUGCGUAUUGGCAAAGCUAUUGUACAAAAAAAACUUAUACAUGGCUUUGUCCACACAAUAUUAACGAAAUACGUGAUCGUAGAAUAUUGCGUGAGGUUGAGAAAGAAAUGAAAAAAAUUACACAAAAAAAGCGAAAAGAACGGAACGAUGAGGUUCGAGCAUUGGUUGCUUUUGUGCGAAAACGGGACAAGCGAGUACAAGAAUAUCGAAAAGUUCUUGAAACAAAAGCCGAACAGAAUCGAAUCAAACAACAACAACAUCGAUUGGCUCAGUUGAAAAAGAAUCAGCGAGAAGCUCAAGAAAUGCAAGAAAUGCAAAAAAAUCAAACAAAUCUAUUUAGUGUUGAUCACGAGGAACAACUUAGACAAUUGGAACAAACUUAUGGCACAGAUAGUGAAAGUGACAUUGAUGUCAACGAAGAUGGUAUAGUGGAUGAUGAUAACGAUAAUGAUGAUGUUUCAGGUUAUUAUAUUGAUGAUUUGUAUUGCCUUGCAUGUAAUAAGUCAUUUAAGAAUCCAUCCUCCUUUGAAAACCAUGAAUCAUCGAAGAAACAUCGUGAGAAUACUGAACGACUUAAAAAACACAUGCAGCAAGAGGAUAAUUUGUACAUGAACGAUAAUCAAGAUAGCAAUCAUUCUGAAUCAGAGCUCAAGAACUUUAGUGAUGAUGAAGAAAGUGGAAAAGAAAGUGUGUUGAAAAAGAAAGUCAAUAAAAAGGCAAAAAAGUCGAAAAAGAUUAAAACACAAUAUAAAAGCGAUAGCGAAAAUGAAUUAGAAGUCAUUAAAGAUUCACUGGGAGAUGUUAAUAUUGGAAAUAUUUCCGAUGCUGAGAAAGAAGACCGAUGGAGUGACGAUUGUGGAAAGAAAAAGAAAAAACACAAAAAUAAAAAGAGUGGCAAAACAAUAACUCAAAAUGUAGCCGAACCAGAACUAUCGUCAGCCAAGAAUGAAACUAAUAAGAAACAAAUAUCAUCUGAUCAACCGAAUAAUACUAUAUGCGUAACUUGUGGUUCAUCAUUUGAAUCUAAAAACAAACUUUUUACACAUUUGAAAAAAACCAACCAUGGAGUUUAUCUUCCAAAGAAUAAAUAAAUGUUUUAUUUUAAAAUUA